AUGACACGUCUGCCAGGAGAAAAGGAUGCUAUUGAUGGAGGCAUCUUCAACAAGGAAGUAUCCGACUAUGAAGUCACGGCGGUGUACCGGCAUCCUGAGGCGACCGCAGACAUCGUGCUGGUUCAUGGCCUAAAGGGACAUCCGAAAAAAACAUGGAGGUCAAAGAACGACGUAUUUUGGCCGACAGACCUGCUUCCAGCUGCUUUGGAGAAUGAAAAGGCAAAUGUGCUAGUCUAUGGGUAUAAUGCCGACGUGUACUCUUCCAAUAAGGCCAAAAGUCCAAGUGACAAUUACAUCUUUCAGCAUGCCAGGAGCUUGGUGACCUCUCUAACGCAGUUUAGAAGAGGCGAAAAGACUGUUGAGCUCCCGAUAAUAUGGGUCGUGCAUAGCUUCGGGGGAAUCGUUGUCAAGAAAGCACUUUUAUUCUCCCAGGAGCUGCAGCUUGUUGAGCAACAACACUAUCGCUCACUCUUUGUCUCGACAUAUGCGAUCAUCUUUCUUGGUACCCCUCACAAUGGCUCAGAUGUCGCCAAAUGGGGUCAUGUUAUUGAAGCAGCGAUCAACAUUACCGUCCCUCAAAAGCUUUUCGCUACAGAGUCUCGUCUACUGAAGUCGCUCAAGAAGGAUAAUGGAGAGCUUCAGGACAUCAACAGGCAGUUUUCGAACAUCUGCGGGAGAUUUAAAAUGCACAUGGUCCAUGAAAAUCACAAAACUGAUAUCAAGACAACAAAGCAAAUGAUUGUGGAUUCUGAGUCUGCUUGUCCGCAACUCCCAGGCGUUGUUUACUAUGGGAUUGAAGCCACGCAUGCGGGGAUGUGCAAAUUUGAUAAUAUAAAUACACCAGGCUUCCGCAAUAUUUCCACUGCCAUCCGGGAUUGGGUUCAUGAAGCAUCGCUUAUUGUUUCCCAGCGCUGGAUAGGAGAGCACGAAUCCCGUCGUAAUACGGCCAGGUAUGAAAUCGAUGAGCGAAUGAUAUCUCUGGUAAUGAUUCACACCAAUGCGAUCUCUAUCAUCCAAUCAUACACCAUUAUUAACAGUGAAUAG